AUGGCAUGCUUAGACAUGUACAACUCCGACCAGCACAAAGGCCACCAUUGCCCUGCAAUGAGCCCCAGAAUCUCCUUCUCCAAUGACUUCGUCGAUGCUCAACAGAUGAUGAAGCAGCAAGAAAGAAGCCCCUUAUCUCAUCCUCCAGCUUCAUCAGACUUCGAAUUCUCAGUCACGGGCUACUCCAUGAUGAGUGCCGACGAGCUUUUCUCCAAAGGCAGGCUGUUGCCCUUCAAGGACAACGGUGGCAGCAGCCAAAUGCAGAGGACUACAAUAAGGGAUCAGCUCCUCGUUGAUGAAGAUGGUGAUGUCGAAGUCUCGCCCAGGCCGCCGAGAGGGUCGUCGUCGACAAGGUGGAAAGGGCUUCUGGGUCUGAGAAGGAGCCACAUAGGGUCGAAGAAAGUUGAGAGGGUUAAUAGUAAUGGUGGUCAGAUUUCUGUUGGUGAGAUGAGUAGAAGGCCUGGUAGUGGUAGUUUUGUUCGCGAGCAGGAUCACCAGCUAGUGCAUGUUAGCAACGGAAGUUCCCAGGAGGCUUUGAGUGAAGGAGGAUCAGGAUGCAGGGAUUUGGAGAUUGGAAUAUAG